AUUCUUUAGGUUAUGGGCCUAUAUUCCAACACGCUCUCACCAUGAUGUUGAUGUAGCCCUUCUAUCUCCCGUUUUCCGCUAUUGAACAAUUGUUUUAUUUCCAGCUAAUCCAUGAGGUUAUCCGAAUUUUGAGUCAAUCCAGGAACUAGCACUAAAAGCACAGAGAUCGAACCCGUGUACGGGGGCGGUCGCUUCAGAACAACAUACUGAGGUGCGGCAAUGCGCACUGCCACACGCUGCUGUAUAACCUGACGGUGCUAGGGAAAAGGUGCAGCUGCUGCACCCGCUCGUCGGCCUUGUCGUCCACAGCCGCGGUGACGUGGACCCUGUGGUGGUGGCCGACGCCGGAGCCAUCGUCCAGGAGAUCGUCGCCUCCUCCUCCUCCAUGAUGUACGCCUUCCAGCACCUCUGCGGUGCCGCCGGCGCGGCCACCACAUCCGCACCAAUGCAGCUCUGCAGGUGCAGGACAGCUGGCUGCAGCGACCAUCAGCUGCAGGCAAUGGAGGACCAUGAAGCGGACAUGAUGCAGCAGCAGCACAGUGGCUUCUACGACGAUGACGGCACAUUUGGCAAGCCACCGGCGGUGGCGGUGGCGGUGGCGCAACAAGAAGCGGCAACGGACGUGGUGCAACAAGAAGCGGCAUCGCCGGGAUCAGGCACGAGCACAACGGCUACGACGAUCAUCGAGCUGGACGCGGCGGAGCUGCUGGCCAAGUACACGGACUAUUGCCAGGUGUGCGGCAAAGGGUUCAAGCGGGAAGCCAACUCGCGCGCCCACGGCGACCAGUACAAGUCCAAGGCGGCCCUUGCCAGCCCCCUCUCGAUGCCAUCCUCCUCGCCGGCGAGCAACAGCAGCAAGUUCUCGUGCCCGCAGGAGGGGUGCCGACGGAACAUGCGGCAUGUGCGGUUCACGCCGCUCAGUUCGGUGAUCUGCGCCAAGAACCACUACAAGCGGAGCCACUGCCCAAAGAUGUACGUCUGCAACCGCUGCGGCCGGAAGCACUUCUCCGUGCUUUCCGACCUCCGCACCCACGAGAAGCACUGCGGCCACAGCCGCUGGCUCUGCUCCUGCGGCACCACCUUCUCGCGGAAGGACAAGCUCGCAGGCCACGUCUCCACCUUCGCUGGCCACCACUCCGUCGCCGCCGCCGCCAGAGAUAACGUACAAUAUAUUGAUCGAUCCUCGUCUGCGUCCUCCGAACAGCUGCUCGGAAACUGCACCAACAACGGCGGCGCCGGCUCCUCCAUUACAUGAUCGAUCGAUCAGCAUCGUGCAUAUAUAUGUGAGUAGUAGUACUUGUACUGCCCACAAUUUAUCUGUGUAUAUAUUACAGCAUGCUUGCAUGGAAUAAUGUGAUGGAAUUGAAAUUAGUUAGGGCUUUAAUUCUCUGAUGAUUUAUGCAUAUCAGGUAAAGUUAUCUCUGUUGUCAUGAAGACUUAAUUGCAUGUGCUUAGGAGGACCAACUAAUAUGCAAUUGUUGAUAGUAAUUCA